GAUGAAGUGUAGGAACUUCUCAUGUUGUGUUAUACAUGUGUGAAACGAAUUUCCUGAUUUCUAGACAGCUCAUAAUACAUUUUCAUAAUAGUUAUCUUCGUAAUAAUUAUCAAUUUCAGAAAAAGACUCGGUUGCGCUGUUGCUUUGACGGCCUUGCACAUACUUCCUGCUGCUGCAUACACCUAUCUAUCUGCAGUCGGUGAUAACAAUGGCUGGUAUUCCGACAAUUACAUUUUCGAAUGGAUACAAAAUGCCGAUGUUGGGGCUCGGAACUUAUAAGUCCCAGAUGGGGGAUGUGAAAAGAGCUGUUAAGGACGCAAUAGAACUAGGGUAUCGUCAUAUUGAUACAGCUUUCUUAUAUGGUAAUGAGAAAGAGAUUGGGGAAGCUAUUCGCGACAAAAUCAAAGAUGGUAGCGUGACCAGAGAGGAUCUAUUUAUUACCACAAAGUUGUGGAACAAUUUCCAUAAAGAAGAGCAUGUCGUCCCAGCCUGCAAACAAUCGUUGGCCAAUCUUGAUUUAGAUUAUAUGGAUCUUUUUUUAGUUCACUGGCCAUUUGCUUUCAAGGAAGGGGAUGAUUCGUGGCCUUUAGAUGCUGCUGGAAAUCUUUGCGAAUCGGAUGUCGAUUAUUUAGAAACAUGGAGAGGAAUGGAAGAGUGUGUACAUCAAGGCUUAACUCGCAGCAUCGGAAUCAAUAACUUUAACUCCGAGCAAAUUACCCGUUUACUCAAAUCGGCUAAAAUCGCCCCAGUCAAUAAUCAGAUUGAAGUUAAUAUAAAUGUAAAUCAAGAGAAAUUAAUUGAUUUUUGCAAGAAACAUGACAUAACGAUAACUGCCUAUUCUCCUCUGGGACAACCCGGAAAUGUAUCGGGCAUCGACAAUAAAUUAGAUAAUCCUAUAAUAUUGCAACUUGCAAAAAAAUACAAUAAGACGCCGGCGCAAAUAGCACUUCGAUACGUGUACCAACACGGAACUGCUCCAAUACCUAAGUCUGUAACUAAAAGUCGAAUUAAGGAAAACAUGGAAUUUAUUGAUUUCACCUUAACAUCCGAUGAAAUGAACGCUAUUUGUAAACUCAGCACUGGACAGAGAGUAGCACUUUUCACACCUGCGAUAAACUUUAAAUACUUUCCUUUUAACAUUCCGUUUUAAAUCAGUAUAAAGAGAG